AUGAUUAAGGUGUCUUCAAAGAAACUUCUGAAGCUGAGAGAAGAGAUUAAUAAAAUGGCUACUAAAAAGAUGGCAAAAACCAUACUUUAUCGUUGCAAAGUUGAAUUGGCGCUUCGCUAUUUAAUAGCAGGAUUAACGAGAACGUCUAGUGCACUUUCCUUAAAAUACCCAAGGAAAGAUGUGGAAAUUAAAAAGAUAGAUAUAAUCCUAGGACAUGAGGAUGAGACAGUGGCUCUUCUGAAGAGGCUAUAUAUCAUAAAAUUUGAAAUAAACUCAAAAUUCAAGUGGAAUGAUAAAAAUAAAAUAUAUUAUAUAUAUUUCUAUUAA